AAUGAUAGUUAUCAUUUUUCUUAUAAUUGUACUAGUAGCAAAGAGUGUUGUAUCGAAAAAGGGCGAUCAUUAUGUUGCGAUCCAAUUAGUUGUAAUUUUCAUUCUAAUUGUCAUAUUUAUUGUUAGAAAACCAAUUGGCAAGAAUAAUAAAACAACAGAAAGUUGGAUAAAUCAGAGUUCAUCUCAGUGUACCUCAGGCUAUUCAUUUAAAGAGUCAAAUUCGUCGAAAAAAGAGCAAUCUUAUAAGAAAAUAAAGAAGAGUCAUACGCCGUUGAAGAAACGAAGUAUCGCUAAUUCAAAUGCUCCCGAGUCUACGUCUAACGAACUGAAAGUUAUAGCUAAACCUUUAGCUAUUUCGGCUGUAAAAUCAGAUUUGUAUCCAUAUCACUCCAAUGUGACCCGAAAAUCAUCAGAGAGGCAUAACUCAUUACCAAAAGCUAUGGAGCUUAACACACAUUUGAAAGAAAAAAGCCUACCUCUCGAUCCUAGUUUAAUAGAAUUAAUGGGAAAGUGGGGUAAACGUUAUUCAAAUGAUAUUCACACAACAAAUAAACAAAGAAGAUCAGUUCAAUAUGAUUUGAACAAAAAGAACGAUAAGUCGAGAGUAUCAAUACCAGAGAGUGAAUUUGAUGAUACAAGACCAAUUCUAGUUGACACUAAAGUUUCAAUAUUAAAAAAAGAUCAUCAACUCAAAAAUUCAUUAUCUAGAACAACAUCAGUUGUCAGAUUCUCUGAUAAGCCUAGUAUUUUAAAAUUUGUUAAAGACUUUAAUGAAACUCAACAGCCAAUUAUAUCAAAUCCAAAUGGCAGUUCAAAAUCAAUAAACGUUCAAAAGCAAGUUUCGACUUCCGUAAAUUCUAAAAAUAAAUUCGAUUCAAACAAUCAUAAUACCGUAAGUAUUUUGGAAAGAUUACAAAGUUAA